AUAUUUUGUUACCAUACCAUUUGCAUCAAUUAUGGCCAGAGGUCUUUGGGGCAUCAAGGAUGCAGGGUUGAGGGUUAUUUCAGAUCCAAUUAGAUCCCAUUCUUCUAAUACAACAGUUUGUGAAGGAAAUUUAUUUUUUUGUUCUUUUAAGUCCAGCAAGUGUGGGAUUUAUAUACAGUGAUUGGGGUGGAGUUUUGAUUUGUUCGGAUCUUGUUAUAAGAUAAAUGUGUCCCUGGUUACUUUGUUUUCACCACUGUUCGUAAUACCUUCGAUGAAACAUAGGUUUCCAUGCAGGCUCAGAUUAUAACGCUCCCGCCACCGUUUUUAACUAUUUGCCUUACAUGAAUAAUUUCACACUCAAUACUGGUUUUCUCCAUACAUAUUUGUAAUUGUCAGAGCUGAAAAUAUUGUACUUGCUUUAAUCUGAAAAUAUUAUCUUUUUUAAAAACUUUGAAGGUUUGCUGCUGAGGUGUAUGUAAACUUUCACAACACCUCAAGAGACAAAGGGACACUGUGAAUGAAGAUAUAUAUAUAAUGGGUCAAAAAGUAUUGGCACACUCCACGUUUUUCUUAAAUCUCAAAAAUAUAAAUAGUAUAAUAAAUUUGGGUCCUCUUCCGAUUAUUCUUAAUCUAAUUAUAUUGAUCAAAGAAAGGCACCAUCGACUAACAUUGGAAACAGAGGGGGCAUUAUUUUACAAGUAUGUUACAGCUCUUGUCGAUAUGGCAGCAAAUCUCAAGUCGAAAUCACCUUCUCACCAAAAAUCAUUAUUCGACGAAACAAAUCAAUAUCAACAGCGAAUAGAUUUUCUAAAAGGGCUACUAAAUGUGUACAGAGCUGAAACCCCACUUGCUAAAUCCUUGGCAAUGCAAGUAGCAUCUAAAGGAAAUAGUUUUAAAGAAUCCCACGAAAUAUAUCAUGCGUUGAAUGAGGAUGUCGGUGAAAAAGUCAGAGAAGAACUGUUUGAAAACACUCCUCGAAGAAGGAAGUUGCUCUUGAGCGAUUCGGAGGAUAGCAUCAUCAAAGAGGAUGAUCCAAAUGAACUUGAUGAACUGUUAAAACACCAUCAUAAUAUGCAGGAGAAAAUUGCCGAGAAUAUGCUGUCGCUAGCGAAAAACAUUAAAGAACAGUCAAUAAUGGCUGGGAAAAUAUUGAAGAAUGACUCAGAGAAUGUUGAAAAAUCUCUUAAUCUUGCCAAUAAGAACAUUACUGACUUGAAAGUACAUUCAGACAAUCUUCAUGAAAACACGAGGAGUAGCUGGCACUGUUGGUCUUGGAUACUACUUGUUGUCGUUACAAUUAUGUUUAUAAACACAGUACUGUUAAUGAAGAUGCUAAAAAAGUCCAAUAGGAAUGAGUGAAAUGUUGAUUUCUUUUGCAAAGAUGGAUGAAAUGGGUUUACCAGAGAAUGUCUUCUGCACUGGGAACUAUGGCUUUUUUCAUACACUUGAAACAUCUGACGUUAUUUAAGUGAGCAAAAAAUUAUUUUGUGGGAUUGCUCAGUCUGCGGUGCAGUGAAUAUGUAAUUUUGUUGUUUCCAAUCAUUACUGGUCUGUCUACCCGUGUUGUUUUGGAUUUUCAAACUUAUUUCAUCUUGUGUGUUCAGUAGUAUACCAAACACUGAGGAUGACGAGAUGCCAAAAUGUGUCUGACAGACCUAGAUUAUCAGUGAUGGUCCAAUUACAAGACAUAUUGAUGUACACAUAUUUAAAACUUUUAUAAUGUCAGUAAUAUUUCGGAACUAAGUACAAUGAAACAGAAUGCAAAUUAUUUGAAUUAAGUUAUAUUUAUGUAUGUUAUAUUUUUUUAUGUUUAAUUUUCAUUUCAUGUGUUUUAAUGCCAAUUAAGUAUGUUUUCUUUGUCUGUUAGAGUCCUAUUUAUAUUUCAAUGAGCUGAUUCCUUCGAGGAAUGAGACAUGAUUGAAAAUUUCCUUAAGCCUUGUGUUGUUCUUAUACAUUCUUAUUUAUAGGUUCCUCUUUCCUGAGUUGUUCAGCACAAAAAUUAAGCUUGUAAAUCUCAAGAUAAAUGAUAAAUUAUU